AUCUAUUUGCACUUUCUUCCUCGCAUCUCGGUUUCUUCAUGAGUUACACAGCUUUUAUAAAUCCUCUGAUAAAACCCUAACUUUAUCAUCUCUCUUUCGGCGACGACGAUAAACAAUGGGGGCCAAGGCGAAGAAAGCUCUGAAGAAGAACAUGAAGAAGAUCUCAGCUUCCUCUUCUUCUCAGCUGGCUGUUCCUCAAAACCCGAAACCAUCAGCUGAUUUUUUGCCACUAGGAGGCGGUCCAGCUCGAAAAGCACCAGUGACCAAACCUCUUGAGAGCAAAGCCACGGUGCUAUACAUUGGUCGUCUCCCUCAUGGGUUCUAUGAGACUGAGAUUGAAGCUUUCUUCACGCAGUUUGGAACAGUCAAGAGAGUCAGAGUCGCAAGAAACAAAAAGACUGGGAAGUCCAAGCAUUUUGGGUUCAUACAAUUUGAGGACCCUGAGGUGGCGGAAAUUGCAGCGGGUGCAAUGAAUGACUAUCUGUUGCUCGAGCACAUGCUUCAAGUCCGUGUUAUUCCACCUGAGCAUGUUAAACCCAAUCUGUGGAAAGGGUUCAAGUGUCAGUACAAACCAGUGGAUUGGGUUCAGAUCGAGCGUAAACAACAUAACAAGGAAAGGACAUUGGAAGAGCAUAGGAAAAUGUUGCACAAAGUUGUGAAACGUGAUCAGAAAAGGAGAAAGAGAAUCGAAGCUGCUGGAAUACAAUAUCAAUGCCCUGAGCUUGUUGGAAACACACAGCCAUUACCUAAGAAGAUCAAGUUUAGUGAAGACUAAGCUGUGGAGAAUACAACAUCUUCAAUAAGCAAUUUUGGAAUAGGAUCUUGUUUUGUUGUACUUCUGACAUGGGAUCCAAAUCUAAACCUUUUUAAAGUAUCUGUUAUUGCAAUAAAUAUUUCUAUUUCUAAUAACUGUC